AUGGACGAGGAACCCAGGGAACGAAGCCAAACUGUUGACGGUGAUCCGGAGGCGAUGAAUGAUGGAAGGGCGUUGGUGCAGACGGCGCAGAGAAGCGGCGAUGUGAUAAGUCCGACUCGUGCCGUUCUAACACUGUCGAAGUCGAUGUUCAACGCCGGCUGCUUCUCACUACCGUACGCGUGGAAGCUGGGUGGCCUUUGGGUCUCGUUUUUCAUGUCGUUCGCGAUUGCCGGCCUCAAUUGGUAUGGCAAUCACGUGUUGGUGCGAGCCAGUCAGCAUUUGGCGAAAAAGUCCGAUCGCGGCGCACUCGACUAUGGGCAUUUCGCGAAGAAGGUGUGCGAUUACAGCGACAUUCGAUUUUUGAGGAAUAAUAGCAAAGGUGUCAUGUACGCGGUGAAUAUCACAAUUCUGUUCUAUCAGCUCGGCAUGUGCAGCGUCGCGAUUCUGUUCAUUUCGGACAAUUUGGUGAAUCUCGUCGGCGACCAUUUGGGCGGCACCCGACACCAACAAAUGGUGUUGAUGGCGACGAUCGCGUUGGUGUUCAUCAUGAUCACCAACAUGUUCACCGAAAUGAAUAUCGUCUCGUUUUUCGCGCUCAUCUCGUCGGUGUUUUUCGUGUUCGGCGCCGCCGUCAUCAUGCAAUACACGGUUCAACAACCAAACCAAUGGGACAACUUGCCGGCGGCGACGAACUUCACCGGCACGAUCACGAUGAUCGGCAUGAGUAUGUACGCGUUCGAGGGCCAAACGAUGAUAUUGCCGAUCGAGAACAAACUCGACGAUCCGAGCGCAUUUCUCGCGCCGUUCGGCGUUCUGCCGACGACGAUGAUGAUUUGCACGGCGUUCAUGACCGGAUUGGGCUUCUUCGGCUACACGGGAUUCGGCGACGCGAUUGCGCCAACCAUCACCACCAAUGUGCCGAAAGAGGGUCUCUACUCGACCGUCAACGUCUUCCUCAUGCUCCAAUCGCUUCUCGGCAACUCGAUAGCGAUGUACGUCGUCUACGACAUGUUCUUCAACGGAUUCCGCCGCAAGUUCGGUGCGCGAUUCCCGAAUUGCCCGAAAUGGCUGUCGGAUAAGGGCUUCCGCGUGUUUUGGGUGAUGGUCACCUAUUUGAUGGCGGUGCUCAUACCGAAACUCGAAAUCAUGAUUCCGUUGGUCGGUGUCACCAGCGGAACACUCUGCGCAUUGAUCUACCCGCCGCUGUUCGAGAUGAUCACGUUUUGGACGGAUUGGAAGGGACUUCUCACCCAUCGUCAACGCGUCACCAAAAUCGCGAUCAACUGCGUCGUGAUAUCGAUCGGCUGCUUCGCGAUUGUCGCCGGCCUCUACGCGAACGUUCACGCAAUUAUUCAAUCGUUCUCACAACCCGAUCCCUAG